CUGCGAAGCAGAUCAAGAUGCUGGGCCACCACAGAAUCUGGCAAGCGCGACUGUCUCACCUAACAUCCUCUUCACAAUUGUUAGCACGCCAUGUGCGGACAAACAGAAGGGCUUUAAGUAUUACCGCCCAGCAAUCGACCCCGCGGUCGUCGCGAUGGCCGCGGCGCAUCCUCUACACAGCGAUUUUCGGUGGUCUUGGAUACUAUGUGGGCAGUGUGGUCGAUGAAAACCUACUUGCGUGCACGACACUGGAUACAGCUGAGGAUGCAGCCAAGCUACGCGCGAUCCAUUCGGGUUGGCAUAAUUACGUGCCGAUAGUGCGAGAAUUGCGAGCGAACCCCGACUAUGUGGAGGCCGAAGUCUAUGGCAAUUUUUCGGAGGAGGAGAAAGCGCACAGGCUUACAUCGGGUCCUCUGCGGGGGAGCAGGGGAGUUGGAUUUCAGAGAGUCUUUUACAAUGAUAAGGAGAAAACGGCCGUCAAUGUCGUAUGGCUUGGAAAUGGUCUGGAAGGGUGGCCGACCAUGGUACAUGGAGGAGCCCUCGGCACGAUCAUCGAUGAGCAUUUAGGCCGCGUCGCCAUCCGAAACCUCCCGCAACGAACCGGAGUCACUGCCAAUCUCGAGGUCCAGUACCGGCGUCCAAUCGUUUCGAACGAGUACUACACAUUCCAUGCCACUCUGGAUCAGGAGCGGAGCACCGAGCGCAAGGCCUUCGUAAAGGGGGAAGUUCGUGAUUGCUCUGGAACGGUGCGCGCUGAGGCCAGUGCAUUGUUUGUCGUCCCCAAAAACUACAAGCUCCGUGAAGAUGGAGAGCGCUUCUAGGACGGCGGCAGGAGUCUGGCUACUCAUAUACUAUUAGUUGAAGUGUGGAAUAGACUUAGUAGGUGUGUCAUUGGAACUGUAUAUAAUAGAACAGGGACCCGU